AUGCGCGUUCGCCAUCACAUCGCCCUUGUGGACGUGCUGCUGCCCACCAGCGCUGCGCUGCGCCUGCUGCGUGCACUGGAAGCUGUCUUGGCAGAGGACUGGGGCCGCAUGGAGGUUGAGCGUGUGGUGGAUGCGGCCGUUCAGGGAGACAAUGGCAAGAUGGCCAUGCUGUCGGGCGCGGGUCGCCUGUUAUGGGCAACGCACAGAGCCAUGUUCCGCGAGCUGCUUGCUAGUGCCGCGGUUGCAGCUGAGCCAUCGUCAGACAUCAUUGUUGGCACGCAGCGGUGGGCGGGCCUGGGCAUGCAGGCUCUGCAGGUGCAGGUGCAGCAGGUGGCAGCCGGGGAACCCGGUGACGCCCCCCUGGACGAUGAGCUCAAGGAGCGGCGGCGCCGCCUUGGCAACAUCACUGUUCCAGGCCUCAGCAGCUUUUCUUUUGUCCACGGCCUGCUGGUCGGUUGUGCGGUCAUCGCCUUCCUGGCAGCUGACCGCCUAGGCUUGGGCGGCAACAACCCCAGCAGCAGCAGCGACAGCGGUAGCAACCUUAACACGGCAAGGCCUGCAACCCCAUCAGGCCUGGACCCCGAUGUGGAGGCCGCGCUGAGGGUGGCCAUCAAGGACGCCAGCCCCGCAUUCCACGACCCACAGGUGCACGCAGCCAUUGAGGAGGUCCGCGCCGACAUCGGCGCCAUCAACAAGUACAGGGAGGACCCCGCGGUCAUGGGCGCCUUCCAGAAGCUGCUGGAGAUUGAGGGCAUUUUGGAGCGCCUUUAA